UUAUUAUUUGAUACGGUAACUAAACUUGAUAUUGCGUUUGUUGGGACUGUUGCUAUUACGAUUUGAAAUAAAAUUAUUAAGCCUUAGAUGUGUGUCAUUUGUUGUGCUAUCAUCUAGGAUAAUAAUUACGCAAUUGGCUUACAAGAAAUAUUAUCGACGAGUUCACAGAAAUUACGUUGUGACUUGUGAAUGUUAGGUGCUGCAAUUGAAAAUGGCAUUAUCUGACGAUUGUGACAACAAAGAAUGGCUACAUAGUCUAUUACUAGACGUCCAGCUUGAACAUUUCAUGACACGGAUUAUAGACGAACUUCAAAUUACACGAUUAUCACAUUUUGAGUAUGUAAAACCGGAAGAUUUAGAAAAUAUUGGGAUUAGCAAACCAGCUGCUCGAAGAUUGUUAGAAGCUGUUAAAAAACGUAAAAGCACUGAACGCCGUAAUAAAAUCCUAUCGCUUUUGGGUGGGACUCAAGCUAAUAAACAUUCAAAUGGAACACUAAAAAAAAAUUCAAUUUCCAAUCAACCUAUAUCUCCAGCGCUGUCUUUAACUUGUUUGAUUCUAGAAAGAGAUGUCAAAUUGGCUGAAAAAAUAGGUGAUGGAUCAUUUGGUGUUGUCAGCCGAGGCGAGUGGACCACGUCCACCGGUCGUGCCCUUCCAGUUGCUGUAAAAAUGCUAAAACAAGAUGUACCAUCGAUGCCACAGAUGUUUGAAGAUUUUGUUAAAGAAGUUGAAGCCAUGCACACAUUAGAUCAUUUGAAUCUUAUCAAACUGUAUGGAAUUGUUUUAACGCAACCAAUGAUGAUGGUAACAGAGUUAGCUCCGUUAGGCAGUCUUCGAGAUUAUUUAAGAAAACAGUGUGGCCGUGUUAUGAUAACCGUACUUUGGGAGUACGCUCUUCAAGUAGCUACAGGCAUGGAGUAUCUUGAAAACAAACGUUGCAUUCAUCGAGAUUUAGCUUGCCGUAACAUACUAUUAACUACGGCCAAUCAGGUAAAAAUUGGUGAUUUUGGAUUGAUGCGUCUGUUACCUAUGGAAGAAGAUUGUUAUGUGAUGACUGAACGACGUCGUGUACCAUUUCCUUGGUGUGCACCGGAAAGUUUACGUACUCGCCAAUUCUCACAUGCGUCUGAUACAUGGAUGUAUGGUGUUGCGCUUUGGGAAAUGUUCACUUUUGGUGAAGAACCUUGGGCCGGUCUUGAUGCUACUCAAGUUCUUACAAAACUUGUCCGUGAAAAACAGCGACUCGAACAGCCAGAAGCUUGUCCGAUCAAUUUGUACAGAUUAAUGCAACAAUGUUGGAACAUAGAUCCUGGAGAACGGCCGACUUUUAGUGACUUAAGGAGCUAUCUAAAAUCACGAUCGCCGAGUAUUAUGAAAGUGACUUCAAAUUUACCAGUUGCUGAAGGCUCGGGUGAUGAUUCAAACCGUUUAGAUGUAGAAGUCGAUGAUAGAAUUGUAGUAAUUGAUGGACAACCUGAUCAUUUUUGGUGGAAAGGACAAAAUGUAAAAUCAUUUAAAAUUGGAAAAUUUCCUAGACGAGCUGUCGAUCCAAUGAGGCCUAAAGCAUCCGAUGAUAUCAGCAAACCUCUUCGUAAUUCAUUCAUACACACUGGCCAUCAUGGAGAUGCUAGUGGCAAUAACUGGGGUUUCCACGAUAAAAUCGAUCAAGUGUAUUUAAACAAUCCGAUGGACCCACCUGACUUGAUAGGAACUCCAACAGUCGUGGAACCAGGUCCGCCUAUACUACCGAGUCGAAAAAAAUCUAGUCCAAAAAAUACGACUGAUGUAAUAGAAAAGAAUUUAAGGGCCAAGGCAGAAAAGUCCAAGAAUACAGUUCUUACAUCUAUACUGCCUUGUAAUAAGCAAUUUAAUUAUUCAAAACUUACGGAUGGGAGGAAACGACAAUUGAGACCUGCUCCAGGUAGACCUCCAGGCCCAUUUCCUAAACUGCCAAACAGUGAACAAAUUCUACUGGAUUUGGACGGAUGUACUCCCCCCCUACACAAUAACUUAAGCAGUUCCGUCAAUUCAAAUAUAUCUCUUUUAGACCAGCCAAUUGAUGUUGCAGAACUUGUGAAUUCACCAGACACAUACAAUUAUCAUCAUACCUAUAUGAAUAUUAACGGAUUGAAUCUAGCCGAACAGUCAUCUGAUCCGUUCGAUACUUCAGUUUUUAAUACCCAACCAACAGCUGAUGUUCAUGAGACGCUUCCUUGUUCUAGUGAACCGAUCUUGCAACCUAUAGCAGAUACAAAUAGCUCAUCUAAACUGGAUCUUAACUUCAUAGUGGAACUGGAGAAACAUUUAGGACAAAGAGAAGCCCAAGCAAAUACCAACGGACAAAUUUUAUUAGCCCCUCCUAGUUCUGUACCUAAGAAAUUAAACACAGAGCGAUCAAAUGCUGCUAUUCCUCGACCUACCAGUACGAUAAAUCAAUAUUCAACUAGUUUGGCAAGUUCAAGCAAUUACUUAGCUAGCGUAAACGAUGUAGCUGAAUUUGUGCCAAAGUACACACAAGAUUCGAGAUAUGCAGAAAAUCUCAACGUAACUGAAAAUAUAUUUAAAGAAAUGUGGAUUGGUGACAUUCCUGGAGGAGGAAAAGUUAAAAAUUCUGAUGUAUCUAAAAACUAUUAUAAAAAUACUUUGUAUUCCGAUUCGAAGACUGAAAAUCUUGGGAUAUCAUCCAAUUACAACUCGCCAUAUUAUAGUCCAGUCGACAUGUCAAGGUAUUACAGCCCGACACCAAAUAUUUACCAAAGUGUUCCUGAACCGAAUUCGUCUGAAUCCUCUGUUUUCCAACUUUGUACGUAUUUUAAUAACACGGUAACUGAAGACGAAUGUUUGGAUGCGUUAGAGGCAACAUCGUGGGACUUUUGGGAGAGUGUAAAAUAUUUAAAAAUCAACAACCUCCUAAGGUUAGGAAUGGCAUCUCGAGAAGCUUGUAUAACAGCUCUAAACAACUGUAAUUGGAAUGUUGAAGAGGCAGCUUCUACUUUAUGUGAUGCAGUAUGAUCCUAAUCCUAUUUUAUAAGAAAAGGUUUUUCCAAAAUAUUAUAUUUUCCCUUAAAAACAGUAGAUACAAAGAUUUGUUUGUAUUGUUUUGAAUAUAAGUAUUAAAUAUACCUGUGAUAUAAUAGUAUAACCGUUCCGAUAUUGUUUAAAAGUAAUGGUCAAUAAUAAUUUUAGUAAAAGUAAUCUGUAAUAACAUUGCAGUUUUAGGCAAAAAAAAAAUCAAAAUCUUAAUAUUAUAAACAUUUUAACUUGCAUCUCCCUUCCAUUAAUAAUUAUUUUUCAUAUUAUUUGUUUACAUUAAACUUCCAUUUAAUUAUUUCUUUCUGCAUUUAAAUUAUUAUCUUCUUUUUUUAUUAUAUUAAAAUGUUAUUGGUUAACUUAAAUUUUUUGACACUUUUUUACUCUAUAAUUUGUAUACAAAUUUCUCAACCAAUAAUUGAACAAAUACUCGUUUGUGACAUUGUUUUCUUAUUUAUAAAUAGACUGUUAAAAUAUUAAUUAUGUCAGUUUUUCAUUGAUUCGCUUGUAAGUUGUUUUCUAUUAUAUGUUAAUUUUGUAGUAUUGCGAACAAUAAGUAACACAGCCGCCCUUUUAUUAGUAUAUUUAGUUUAUUUCUAUCACAUGUUAUUUUCCAUCAUUAAUAUUGAUAAAAACAUGAACAAUUUACCACUCCUACUCGAUUAUAAGAUUUAAGUGUUUAUUAUAAUAUUAUAGUUGUAAGGAUUGUCUAUUAUGUAAGCUCUGUUCUUUUAAAUACUAUAAGAGAUUUUUUUAUAAUUUCUGUAGUUUUCUUAAACACUAUGUGUUUGCAUGGGGAUCAAAAGACAUUAGCAGUGGUACUCUUUCUGCCAAUAAGCAAUUUUUGUUUUAUGUAUACACAUUAUGCAUACAUAGAAAAGUGACGGCACCUACAAAAUGCAUACCCAAUGACGCUAAUGCUUAAAGUUAAUUUCCCAAAAUAUAUACCCUUAAAUAUGUUCAGAGUUUUUUUGUUUUCUUACCAAAUGUAAUACCAGUAUUGUAUUCCUUUAGUAUAGAAAUUACAGUAUCAAUUGCCUACUUGACUGGUAAAUCAAUAGCUUUUAAGUAUUAACGAUAACAGCGUAUUUAUUUAGUGUUAUUGUUAUGAAUGAGGUCUGAGGACACUCGUGAUUAUUUUGUCCGUUCAUAUGGUAUAGAACAAUAUUAUGUUGUAACAAAAAUUAUACAUUUUAUACCUACAUACCAGUAAGAUUAAAUAUUGUAAAUAAUUAAAUAUUAAAGACAUCUA